AUGGGGAUUUCACAGAAGCAUGUUCCCAGCCCCUGGCCGCGAGACAACGGGCCUGUUUCAGCAGAGCAGGCCAUCGCGCCCCCAUUGAUGACAAGCUGGCAAGACAUCGACUCCGAGUCAGAGGCGGACGCACAUGACAGGGAAAUGGGAGAGGACUACAUCCCCGUCGGACCCGGGCCGAUGCCCCGGGUCCCCAAGCUGCUCAAGGGCCCUCGCAAGCGGCCAAGAAAACAGCCCCGAGCUUCCGUCACUCCUGACAAACCAAAGCCGGCCGCCACCCGCGAGGCCGCUAAAAGCACCCCCUUGCCCACGCCUCCCGAACCAACAACAACAUCAGCGACCCCGCCCCCAGAACCGCCCACCACCCCAGCUGCAUCAGAGCCCGCCGCGAAAGCCAACCCGGCGAUCUGGAACGUGGACCCGCGCACCGCGCUCGGCCGCCCACAACGCGCCUGGCCCGCCCGGCCAGGAACCGUCUACUGCGAGGUGUGCUUCCGCGACGACGUCGCCCGGUGGGUGCGGUUCCGCGACGGCGCCAUCAGAGUCCUGUCUCUGCUCGGCGGCGACGCGGCGCUGGCCGAGCUGCGGACGCUCGCGCAGGAGGUGGAGGACGCGGAACGGGAGGUGAUUCUCGAGCAGGUGGCGGAGCGCGCGGGUGGUGGUGGUGGUGGUGGUUGGGGUUCGUCAAGGAGGCGGCUGCGGAGCCCGCCGCCUCCGCCGUACGUGCCGUCUGAUUCGGAAGAGGAUGAUGAAGGUUCAAAGGAAGGGAUGAGGGCGGGGAGGAAACGGAAGAGGGGGGGCGAUGGAGGCGGGGAGGGCGGUGAAAUCCUGGCCAGGAAGAUCGUCGUGCUGUCCGAGCAUAACCCGCCCGUGACCGUGCCGCACUUUCACGAGUACCCUGCCGAUGUCAUCGGGCUUGUGCUUCUGCGCGUCUUGGCGGAGAGGCCCACAUCGGAUCUCGCUCGACGCCAGAAGGAGGAGAUCAGGCUGAUCUUGGACAAUCUGCGGCAGGAGCUCGGUGUUGCACCAAAGGCCUUUGACCAGAUGGCUUCGUACUGUGGGUGGUUGGUUGUGCGCUGGAGGACGAGAAAGCCAAGUGCAGGAGGCUCGAGGCAGCCUGGCUCCUACGGUGUCAAGGAUGGAUGGUGGCGGUGGGAGUUUGACGACGCCCUGCAGGCUGCACACGAACAGCACAGGACUCCGCCGUCAUUCUUUGCUGUGGACCUCGAAAAGAACGCUGAAGAGGCAGAGCUGGCCAGGAUCCGGGCCAUGGAGGCUGCCACAGCCCAGGACCGCGACGACAAUUACGACGCAGACAAACAAGGAGCAGGGGGGCUGGCUCAAGUAAAGCAAGCCCUGGGCCUGACCAUGGCCAGCAACCUUUUCCUCGCGUCCAUCGGCGACCAGCUCGCCGAGGCGCGGCAGAACCUUAUGAGCAGUCAUGACCACAGCCCGGGGAAGAAGCGUCGGCGCGAUGACGGCAACAACGCCCCAUCACCCACCGCCGACGUCCCGCCCCUGAAACGGCACAAACCCAACCACCCGGUCGCCUCACCACAAUCCCAGCCCACCGACCGUCAACCACUUCACCACCACCGCCAAGCACAACAGCCCCUGACAACCCACCUCCCGUGCCGGUACUGCUCCGAGUCGGACGCGGUGCGCCACCACGCCGCGCGCCGCCAGCCCUUCCCCUACACCACCGCCACCCACCACUACACUACCAUCACCGACGACGACAGCACCAAGCCGUGGAUCAAACCGCUGAUGUGGUCCCUCAACUACACGCACGCGGCCGCCGCGCGCGUCCGCUCAGCAGCCGAGUUCAUCGCGCUGCUGCUGCCGCCGCCGCCCGGCGGCCCAUCAUCCUCAUCCUCACCACCACCAUCGCCAUCAUCACCGACGACGAACUCCACGGCGGCUGCGUACACAACCACCCCCGGCAUCAUCACGGCGCGCGCGUGCGAGGGGAUCAAGUUCCUCGUGGACGUGACGGGGGGCGAGACGCGGGUGGUGCUGGUGGAGAUGGGCGGGGUGUUUGACGCGGUGCUGGCGCGGCGGGGCCAGGGUGGUGGUGGUGGUCGUCAUCAGCGGCGAUUGUGGGGAGAGAAAGAGGAGGAGGAGCGUCGCAGUCGUAGUGGUGGUGGUGGUGGUGGUGGUGGUGGUGGUAGUGGUGGUGGUUUUUCGGCAAAAUCAAGGGGCCGGAGCCGGAAGAGGGUGCGGUUUGCGCCGCCCGGCGUCGUGGUGGUGCGGGAUGUGGGGGCCGCGCGGCCGGUUGGGAUGUGGGAGCGCUGGAGCGAUGGGCGGUUGGAGGGGUACAGGCCGGUGUGA